AUGCAGGCAUCGGAAUACCCUUAUAAUACCACUUGUCCAAACUGCAACGCCAACGUUCUUACCUCUGCAGAAUAUAAGAAUGGAGCUCUUACAUGGGUCCUCUGUUUCGUCCUUGCUUUCUUUGGAUGUAUCUUGGGCUGCUGUCUGAUCCCAUUCUUCGUGAAAGCCACAAAAGAUGUCGUUCACAGAUGUCCACAGUGCAAUAUGGUGGUAGGAGAACACAAGAGAAUUUAA